UCUCGGCUAUUUUCGCUGUUGCUGGCUUUUUCAGGGGUUGCUCGCUCGCAGCCAGAGGAGCUGCUUUUUUUUCCGGGUUCGGAGCCGUUCCGGAUGCUUUAGGCUGCCGGAUGUCUGAUCUCCGGAUAACUGAGGCGUUUCUGUACAUGGAUUAUCUGUGUUUUAGAGCACUUUGCUGCAAGGGACCACCACCUGCACGCCCAGAGUAUGACCUGGUUUGCAUAGGCCUCACAGGUUCUGGUAAGACAAGUCUGUUGUCAAAGCUGUGCAGUGAAAGCUCUGAGGAUGUUGUGUCUACCACAGGUUUUAGUAUAAAAGCAGUGCCAUUCCAGAAUGCCAUCUUGAAUGUAAAAGAGCUUGGAGGGGCUGAUAAUAUCCGGAAAUACUGGAGCCGCUAUUACCAAGGAUCUCAAGGGGUAAUAUUUGUAUUAGACAGCGCCUCUUCAGAAGAUGAUUUAGAAACUUCUAGAAAUGAACUGCACUCAGCUCUUCAGCACCCACAAUUAUGCACUUUACCCUUUUUAAUAUUGGCCAAUCACCAAGACAAGCCAGCUGCCCGCUCUGUACAAGAGAUCAAAAAAUAUUUCGAACUUGAACCUCUUGCACGUGGAAAACGCUGGAUUCUACAUCCCUGCUCACUGGAUGAUAUGGACGCACUGAAAGACAGCUUCUCUCGGCUGAUAAAUUUGUUAGAAGAGAAAGACCAUGAAGCUAUAAGAAUGUGAAUUCUGGCAAAGAAAAUGGGCUCCCCAAAGGCCUUGAACGUAUCAUGUUAGUUUCUCAUCUUAAUUUUAUUUUGGUAUUAAGACUAUCAUGGCUUAAUUAUCUAUUUUUCUCUAGUUAUUUCAGACUCUCAUCUCUCUAUGAAAGCGAAUAUUCUGUACAUCAGGUGAAUUAUCCUCGGCAUUAACGUCAAGUACACACUACUGAGAGAGAAUUUAUUCUCUGUUGACCACUAAUUAUCUUCACCGCAUGUCUCUCCCUUCUGUUGUUCUAAGCGUCUCUUCUAUACUCCGUGCUAAAACGGAUGGAAAUCAUGGCUCACGGAAAUCAAGUCCCUUAGGAAGGACUUAGAAAAGCUCACAAGACCUUGACUAAUUUUCCGUGGGUUUGGGAGUGGAGUAUUUUGUGACUAGGACUCCACAUAAUAGGUAUAUCAUUUUCAAGAUCUCUUGGGGGUUUAUUUUGUUUUAUCUUAUUUUUGUUGUAUUUUGUUUUGUCUUUUAUACAUUGACUUUAUAGACUAUGAGAGAAAAAUGAGCACCAAAAACUUCACUUAAUCACCUUCUCAGAAAGGACUAUCCUGCCAGAGCAAAACUGACUUUGGAGGGUGAAAGACACCAUGCAUAUUUCCUUGACUACAUCUGAAGUCCCACUCCCCUCUCGAGACAUGGUGUUAGUUUUUGAUAGGAAUGAGAGGAAAUUUAGGCAGCCAGGCAUGCAUCAUUGAUUAUACUUGAUCAAGUCCUCAAAUAUUUUUUAAUGGAAAGAUUAGCCUAUAUAAAGUCAAGCUGCAAUAUAAUAUAGGUAUGUUUUUCUAAAAAAUUGGAAGUGUUUAAUUAGAGAACAUAAUUUUUAAAAUAGUAAAACAGCUCAAAGAAGCAUAGUUUCUACUGUUAAGGGUUUAACCUGGCAUUGAACAGAGCUAUCAAAGACAGAAUCAUGUGUAUAUUUGUUCAUCCAGUGCUAAUAUAGCUCAAGGGAGUCUGUUAAUGCCUUCCUCUAGUAGUUAAAGGUCUAUCAGUAUUUCUAUGGUAAACCUCUAUUUUCAGGGGUUUAAAUGUGCCCUUAAAAAAUGCACUGGGGCUGCAACAAAUAAUUUUAGGCCUCAGAGUCAGUCUUUGGAACUAAUUUUUUUUUUUCAUUUAAUUUAAGUGAUAAAAUUACUUGGAGCUAAAUACACAGUUUUACUAAGGCUUAUUGCCUUUGAUCUUUUC